AUGACACCUGCAAAGUUUGUCUUCUGUCUUACAUGUUUGUUCCUCGGGAAAAUGGUUCAGGAGACCCUGGAAUCACAGGCAUCUGUUCAUCAAGACAAAGGUUUUAUUUUGGCUGAUGUUGGUGAAAAUGUAACAUUGCGAUGUUUCUAUGAAGGUGAUGAUUCAGCAUGGGUCUUGUGGUAUAAACAAACUCUGGGACAGAAACCAAGGCUUAUCUCUACCUUCUAUGUGUAUGAUACAAAAAUCACUUUUCAUGAUGAAUUCAAGAACAACCCACGUUUUACACUGGAUACAAAAAACAGUGGAAAUCACUUGACAAUUUCAGAUAUGCAAAUAUCUGACUCAGCUACUUAUUACUGUGCAUGCAGCUAUAGAUUUGUCUUAACUUUUGCAGAGGGCACCAUUGUCAAAGUAAAUGAGGCAGGUUUGAAAACCCCAGCCUUAGUCCAUCAGUCAGCAUCUAAGACGAUGCAGCCAGGAGGCUCUGUGACUCUGAACUGUACAGUGACCACUGGGACUUGUGAUGGAGAACACAGUGUUUACUGGUUCAAGAAAACAGAACCAUCUAAUCCAGGACUCAUUUACACCCAUGGAAGCAGGAAUGAUCAGUGUGGGAGGAAAACUAACCCACAAACAGACACCUGUGUCUACAACCUACCAAUAGAGGAUCUGAAGCCUUCUCAUGCUGGGACCUACUACUGUGCUGUUGCCUCGUGUGGACACAUAGUGUUUGGAAAUGGGACCAAGCUAGAUCUCAGGCGUGAGGUAGUCUUCCUUGUCUCGGUCUAUUACUUGAGUGGAGCUUUGGCAUUCAGUACCAUCCUAGUUCUGUUACUGGCUUUCUUAUUGUACAAGGUAAUCAAGAGAAGCAACUGCAAAUGUUCAGAGCCUCAAACACAGUUACCAUCGCCUUCCGCAACAAAUCCAGAGACUUGGCAAAAUGCAGACAACCUCCAUUAUGCUGCUUUAAGUGUUAAGCAGCCUAACAGAUCAAGAAGACAGAAGAACAACACCGACAGUGAAUGUCUGUAUUCCAGUAUAAAGCAGUAA